AUGCUAAGAAAGUAUAUGUUGGGCACGCCUCAAGAAGAAUUUUAUGAACGUGUGUUAUAUGCUCGAAACCGGGUGCUGGUGGGAGCGAGGCCUGCUGUAGUAGGUGGUACUCCCAUCACCGAAGCAAUGGCUAUGGAAUUGCGGAUUACAGCAUUUGGCACUGCAGCAUGUCCACCCCGUGGGGAGUGGAUUCAUACUCCGCUUGUAAUGCGUCCGGCGGAGAAUUCUUUAGGUUAUGGCCUGUCAGCGCAGCGAAAUGGGACCAGAUCUUUGCUCUCUGGUCUUCAAGCCCACAUCAUCAAAUGGCUACUAUUCGAUUCCCGUCCCGUAACUAAAGACAACAAAUCGACUGAGCAUCCAGACAGCUAUUUACGUCCCUCUGAAGAGAAGCAAGAAGAGGCCCUCUGGCGGGCGUGCAGUGAAGUUAUAUGGCGUUGUGCAGCUGGCGCCGGUGCUACAGACCCCCAGGCCGUGGUUGCCUUGCCAACUGAUAACACUUAUGUCCAACACAGCUCGAGUUAUUACCAAGACGGCAUCACUGAGAAGCUGCAUUUGUUCGAGUUGAAGAGUCUGGAGGAUCUACAAAUAUUUAUAAAGCGCUAUCUUUAUUUAUUUCAGUCGGAAGAUGGCUCAGGUGCUUUGCUCCUUUUGUACUCAGCUAUUCUCUCGAGAGGAUGCGAAAAUAUAAAGAAGGAUUUGGAUGGAAAAUUGAACUACCUUGUAUCCACUCAAGUGGAGGGGUCUCUUAAUGUUACCACUCUGUUGCUGACCGGACGUGCGACCCCAUAUCUUCAUAAUGGAGUGCAGUAUGUAGGGGAUGAAGACCAUUACGCAAUGCCACAAUUUGGGGUGUUAUCUCGCAGCCCAGUUGGACUACUUGUAUGGUAUGGCGGAGAAGAAAAUACAACCGGCCAUGUAUCGAAGCAGUAUCCUGGAUCCAGACUGAAGACACCAGCUUUACCUAUUUGGGUAACUAGCUGUUCUGGACAUUUUGGGGUACUUUUCAAUACAAACCGGGAGUUGUUGCGGAAUUAUCACGCGGAACGAAGAUUUGACAUUCAUUACUACACUUGUGGAGGGUGUCAUGUGCUACUCAAUGUUGAUACCCGCGCUCAUGAAGAGGCCGGUACCUUAAGAAAUGACGACAUCAGCGCCACUCCUCUUGAAAAACUUAUUCACACCAAAUGGCAAGAUGCGAAAAUCACUUGGUCGGGAACCACACCAUACACAGCCGAUUCUCCUAUUUAA